AUGAGUGGAUCAAUCGUACGAGCCCAAAAUUGGGACAAUGGCUACGAACAACAAUUCGUAGCCGUGAACCCCAUGGGAGAUGAAGUUCUCUUAUAUCAAACCAAUCAUGAAGAUCCAGGUAUCGAAUCAAAUGGAAUGAUUCAAAUUAAUAAUCGAACUGGAUUUGAAAAUAUCCAAUGUUCAUCAUAUUCAAAUCUCAAUAGAGGAAUUGUUGGUGUGGGGAGUAUAAAUGGGACAAUAUCAAUUUUUGAUAUAAAUUCAGCAACGUCUUCAAUUUUAUAUCUUAAUCCAAAACAAAAUCGUCCAUGUAAUGUAAUUUCAUUCAAUAAUAAUAAUUUAAUCCUUGCAGGGUUUGAUAAAGGAAGACAAGAUAAUUCAUUACAAAUUUGGAAUAUUGAACAUUAUUCACAUACUGGUAAUAAUUCUCAUAUUAAAAGACCUUUGUCUACAUAUUUACCUAAUGAAGCGAUUUUAUCAGCUACUUUUUAUCCAGAGAGUCAUUCAAGUAUAAUAUGUGGGUCUUAUAAAUUCUUACGAGAGAUUGAUCUUCGUUCUGAUCAACCGGUAUUCCAAAUGGCUACCAAAUGUACCCUUGGGUUAAGUAUUGAUCAUUUUCAACAUCAUUUCUUCCAAUCAUUCAGUGAAGAUGGAUCGUUAGCCAUCUGGGAUAGACGUAAACUCACUUCAUCAGGUGCAUCAACCACUGGUGGUGCUGGUACAGCAGGACGAUCGAAAACCUUAUCUUCAGGAAAUGUCAUCACCGAAACUCCAAUUCUUCAAUUCAAUAAACUAUUAAGUGAUUCAUCCUCAAGAAAAAUCCAACAUCCAUGUGUCCGCUAUUCCACUGUCCGAAGAGGUGAAUUUGCCGCCGUCUUUAAUGGAGAUUUAAUCCGUCGUUGGCAUACCAGUAAAGUACCUGCCAAUUACAAUAUCCCCAUCAUAACCGACCCCCAAUCAUCAUAUCGUUUCAGUCAACAGACUACAUUACAAAGUCUAAAACAACAAUCGGCACAAUUGUAUAAACCAAAUGAAGAAUCGCUUUUUGUGUCGAUGGUACUUGAUGUCAAAACCGAUUAUGAACGCGUGGUUUCAUUUGAUUAUUCUCCUGAUAUUGCCCUGCAUACAUCCACGAACUUUGUAUGUAUGAGGCAAUCAGGGUCGGUAUUUAGGAUGCCCGUGGUUGAAUGUAUUGAAAUGUUAGAUUUUAAUUGUAUUAAUGAAUUCUCAAUUGCCGGUCCGGAAGGAACAAUGACGAAUUUUUUAGAAAAACAAUAUAUUGAACCCAGACAACAACAACAAGGCGAUGUUCAAAUUAGGGAUAAAACUUCCAUCUCGAGACUCGGGGAUCUAUCACUCACUCCAAGACAACAACAUCAGCAAGAUAUGAGAAAAUUAAGUGAGGCUGAUUAUUCCGAAGAUGUUUCUUCUACAGUUGAUGACGAGAGUGUGAAUGAUCAAAACACAAACACCACCACCACUCCACGAGGCGGGACCAAGACUAGUUUGCAUCAUCCUUCUCAUAAGCGAUAUUCAUACGAUGAUGAAAUCCCAUUCAGUGCCCUACUUGACCCUUCUGAUAUAAUCAGUGGUGAUAUUUGUGUUACAAUCCGUCAUAGGGCCCAAUUGGGCUACGGAUUAGAUUGUGAUGUGAAUAUAUCAAUCUUGGAACAAAUUGAUUCGAUGAAUAAUCAAUUAUUUUUAAAAAAUACUUGGAAAUGGUUAAGUCUUGCCAAAAUCUCCCUUGAGAAGGGGACUAUGAUUUCAGAAGGGAUUGAUUUAGGAUAUCAAGGGGUGUUAGGAAUAUGGAAGGGAGUAGAUGAAUUAACAUAUCAAAGAAGAACUCUCCCUAAUGCCGGUCCUAUAAAUGAAGGUUGGUUCGCUAGUGCCGUGAAGGCGAUUGUUUCGAAUAAAGGGAAAAAAGCAGCCAAUAUAACCAUCCCUAGUAAUAGUGAGAAAAAAGCACAAAGGAAAUUAUGUUUGAUUGUUUCUGGAUGGUAUUUGACUGAUUCUGAAUUUGAAGAAAAAUUGAAAUUGUUGAUUACGUUGGGAUAUAGUGAAAAAGCUGCCGGAUGGGCUGUAUUCCAUGGCGAUGUGCCCAAAGCGAUUGAAAUAUUGGCUAGUUCGAAGAAGGAACGGUUGAGACUUAUGGCAACUGCCGUGGCGGGAUAUUUGGCCUAUAAGAAUUCUAAUAGUAACAGUCCUUGGAAAGAUCAAUGUAGGAAGAUGGCGUCUGAAUUGGAUGAUCCUUAUUUGAGAGCUAUAUUUGCGUUUAUUGCCGAUGAUGAUUGGUGGGAUGUAUUGGAUGAACAUGCGUUACCCUUGAGAGAAAGAUUGGGAGUUGCAUUGAGAUUUCUUUCUGAUAAAGAUUUAGGAGUAUAUCUUGAUCGAAUUGCUGAUACGGUUGUUAAUAAAGGAGAAUUAGAGGGGUUGAUAUUAACGGGUUUAACUCCAAAGGGGAUUGAUUUGUUGCAAUGUUAUGUUGAUAGAACUAGUGAUGUACAAACUGCAAGUUUAGUUUCUGCCUAUGCAUGUCCUAGGUAUUUUAAUGAUGAUAGGAUAACUCAUUGGGUUGAUUGUUAUCGAAAUUUAUUAAAUAGUUGGGGGAUGUUUAAAGAAAGAGCUAAAUUUGAUGUUUCCAGAACCAAAUUUUCCAAGAAUUUCGUUGGACAAACCACGAUUAAAGCAACUCCAAAACAAGUAUAUUUACAAUGUUCAAGAUGUAAUAAAAACAUGUCAAAAUUUAAAUCAACUACAAUUAAUAAUCAAACAUUAAUGAAACAAUUUACGAAAUCAAAUCAUUCUAAACAAGUUACGAAUGAAAUAAUUAGUUCAUGUCCUCAUUGUGGUGCUCCAUUACCUAGAUGUGCAGUAUGUUUAUUAUCAUUGGGUACUCCAUUACCAUUUGAACCAAGUGAGAAACUUAAUGAGAAUUCAUUGGCCAAUAAGAUUGAGAAUAGAUUUAGAGAAUGGUUUAGUUUUUGUUUGACAUGUAAUCAUAGUUGUCAUGCUUAUCAUGCAGAAGAAUGGUUUUCUAAACAUUAUGUUUGUCCUGUACCUGAUUGUAAUUGUCGGUGUAAUAGUAAGUAA